UCAAGUGGAUCGAUCUGCGGCGUUGCAUUGAAAUUUCAUUGAAGUUACCUGCUUCUUUCGACGAGAGCAGACAAGAGUGGCUCGCUACUAAACAGCUUUCGCAACCUGCGACGCAUACGUGUACCCAAGACCGACCUUGUAGCAGCUUGUCAUACAAAACUAUCCAUUAGCAAUCUGACACUUUCUCCGUGGCACCGACUGUCCUCUCCGAGAGGGCACGUUGGCCUACGCGAGACUCGCAAACUUGUCGAUAUCACUAUCACAUAACAUCCUGAUGCGAACGCGGGAAGACCUGCGUCGCCACGUUUCUUAGCCCGAUCAUCCAACUCGUAGCAAUCUCAAACUUUAGGAGACGCAGUAUUCAUCACUAGCUGGGCCAAAUUUCCUAUUCACAUAGCCCACCAUGUCCGGGCGUAGCGCGUACGUGAGGAAAAAGAUAACGGAGCCGAAGUCUGGAGGUCGGACUCCGGGAAGCUCUCGCUAUUCUGACCGGGAUGACCUUUCCGUUACCGACGCCGGCCUGCCGCAAGGCACCGGCUACGGCACGAUGAACGCGCGAUUCUUGAAGUUCUCGGAACCUGUGAGGGAGGCGGAGCCGAUAAAUUACCGCAACGAGCUUACGAGCUUCAACAACAUCAGCAGUGGAAGCCAGAGUGGCGGAAGCGACUCGGGGAGAAGAGAAGGUGGCGGCUCGCAGCGCCCGGGGCCGAUGGCUGAUUAUGCCUACGCUAGAGCGAGAAAGCCAGUGCUGAGAACGGAGGACGUAUCAGGCAUCGAACGCUCCGGCUUUCGGAGUGUCGUGGACAAGAAAAGCGACGACUUUCGUAAGGGGCUUACGAAGGCUUUCACGUUCGGAGCUAAGAAGAAGAAAGCUGGCGAGGCCCUUCGACCCGAGUCUUCCGCUACCGUCAGAGGCCACGGCGAUACAGAUUCCUUCGACAUGAACGAGAUGCCUAUAAUGCAUAUGCAAACCCCGCAGCACUUGGUAUGGGAUCCGGAAUAUCAGCAGAUGAUCUCGCCGCCGCCGUCCUCUAAACUGCCUCCGAUCCCUCCGCCCUCGACUACGCCGCCGAUCAAACGGUGGAUUGGUGCCGGAAAGCCCGUACAGCGAUGGAAUAAGCUUCGCAAAGACCCCGAGCUGUGGGAUCCCAACGGCGACGUGUUAGUGUUUUUUGGUCGCAGAGGACAGGCCCCGCGACCGAACCCUUCUUUCCGCCUUUCUUCUCACAUAAUUGAGGCGACCGAAUCUCGGUUUCUUAUCACUCUCCUUCGCGAAGGAUCUACGGAAGAAGAGUACGACCCGCGGAUACACAUGCCGCCGUCGCCUAUUGGUGCUCCGCCAAUGCUACGACCGCACGGCUCUCAUCCGCAGCUCGGAUACAAUCUAGGUCGCCACGGUCAACCGACGCCUCCGGUUUCCGAGGAUACCAGUCUCGCGGACACCGACGGCCAGAUUUCCUACGAGAUGUAUUUCCCGACACCGCCCAAUUUAAGCAAGCUCGAAGCACAUCGGCAUGCCAUCACAACACGCAACGUAUUCGCGCUGCUGUAUCAUGCGUCUCUGGUCGGUCUAUCGCUUUUCCAGGCGCUAUCAGAUCUGCUUGCGCGUCUCACGACGUAUAUGCCUCCAGAGGCAGACAAUGUCGGCACUAUCAUCAACUAUCUGUCUGCGCGUGGUAUCGACGAUGCCCGUAACGACGCGGAGACCGCAGUAUCUAUGCUAGCGUGGUCGGAGACCCCGGACGUGCGCUGGGAGGAAGGAUGGUCUGAGGCCUUCGUGCAUUGCGCCGGGAUGUAUUCCCGGUUAGAAGGGUGCGCUGAUUUCAAGAACGUCACGCCGAUUACACGGGCACUUCUAGAGAGAGCAUGUCUCGAAACUCAGCUUCGAGUGCAAGCGGCAGAAGAACGCCUUGCCGAGUUCUCUUUCGGAGACAUUUGGCCGACGGCUGGCCCUUCGGCACGAGGCCCUGCUCGAGACGCCGCCGAUCGUUUGCAGCAAUUCUUUAUCAACCACUACGCUACGGUACAUGGCGACUGGCCUCCCCCCGAAGCCGGCGCGAAAACGGUAGAGGGCGAGGAGAUGUGGUUAACUCGGACGUUGGCAAAGCAGAUUCAAAAAGAUUUCGGCGCGCUAUAUGAUUACCUCGUCAAUAGGGAUAUCGUGUGGGACGAGUCUGAGACCAGGAGCAGCAGGAAAUGGAUGAUGGUUUCCGAGAGCGGCAACAAAUCGUUCGACCCCGACACCCCUGACCUCCCACUCACAGAUAUGCUGAUCGAGUUCGACAACCGGAUGCGAUUUCCCCAUAUCCCCCACCCCUAUCCUCUAGUUCCCGAGUCGAUUCCGCCGAUCACACCCCCUUCUUCCGGUUUGAGUCGUGAGAAGUUGAGAAAGGACAGGAGCAAUGCCAACAGCGCGAAACAGGGAGGCGACGAUCGGAUCAACGAGAGGCGUGCACAAUUAGCUUAUACCGAAGCUACCAACAUAUACAUACUAGGAUCGGACUUCACGCAGUCCGACUUGAUCGAGGGCUUUGUCAAAUUCGAGAAAGCGGACCAGAUUGGUAGCGUCGACCCCUUCGUCGCCCGUCGCGGCCGCUGGGUUCUCAUAUACGGCAUACUCCAGACUCUCGCCAGCGUAUCCGUGGAUGCACCCAACCUGCGGUAUAAGGAAAAUGUGUCUUACCAUCUAUCACCGCGCUUCAAAGGAAUGAAGACACCGCCGUGGAAGGGCGCGUCUGGUCCCGCAGCUGAGGCCCAUCACGAGCUCUCACACUGCUGGCUCGCUCCUCGGGCCUGGCAAAAUAAUACAAGCGGUGAAAGCGUCGACUCAGAUACAUCUAACUCGGGAGACCCGGUGCUUCGUAUGAUGCGCGCGCAGGCGCAGAAGUUCCCCCGGCCACCUAGGACUGUGACGAGCCGAUCAAACAACGGUGGCGGAUGGAACGCAUCUCGGGGUGGGCGAUCCAAUGUUCCCAGUGCCCUCUCGCCUACGAUAUGGGGUGGAUCUUCUGCUAUGAGCGUCAGUGGCUUCUCCGACGACGCAGCCUCAAGCAUAACUCGGCCGUCAUCAUCCAAAACCCACGCCAGCUUCAACCCGAAAGGUUAUGCAUCUUCUCAAAGGGCCAGGAGCGAGCGCAGCUUCGCGACCUUCGGACCGAAUAAUACCGGCGGUCGGAUUGACGAGGGCAGCUGGCAACCCCAGGGCUUGAGCAUACGCCGAACCAAGCCGCCUGCACCGUUGGAUCUUAAUCUCGAUAUGUCGCGCAUGGAGGGGUUCUUCGAUUCGAGCCAUAGCCCUUCUAGCUGCAGUGGUGCGCCGAUUCUGAGUCCGAAUAGUUCUGCUUCCGACGGUCUCGGGCCGGUGAUUCGCGAUUUUGAUGAGCUUGAUUCUGUUGCUGAGGAACAUAUGGGUUAGGCUGUGAAGUCCAAAAGAUACAAUUUUCAAACACAUUGGGGACCUAGGACUAGGAGUUCUCCAGGAUUUUAAUUUCAACUUUCUAUGGGAGGCUAUUUAAAUGGGAUGGAGCAGGGGACGGGGACGGGGACGGGACAGGGACGGCGGUGUCGUUCGUUAAAGCAUUCGAUGAGCGAUCAAUGCUGAAUGAUGUGUACGAGGUUUGAGGGAGUUAUUUUCCUUUAGAAAUUUGCCAUGAGGCAUGCAAUACCCUAUUAGAGGUCAUGAAGCUAUUUUAGUAGUGUACCAUCGGUUCUGGGCUUUAUACGGGGUCGGGUCGAAAAUUCUUACCUGUAACUAGGUAUAUAAACAGAUACUACCUCUACUUGUCUUCCAAUGAGGAAAUAGAAGCAUAAGUUGGCACAUACUAACC